UUUAAACAGUGAUUUGUUAAUUAAGUGAAUUGAAUUCAAUUGCAUUAAGUGUAAAUUAUAUUUAAUCAGUGUAAUAAUGGUGAUACAGGCAAAGGCACAGCCAACGAAGAAGAUGAACAAAAAGAAUAAGGCUUCAAAUAAAUCUCUCAGUGAAGAGCUAAACUUUACAUGGGACAAAACUAAAACUAAGGGAAAAUCUGUUGUGUUUGCGAGGAAAACUGCUCCUGAGAAUAAACAGAAAAAAGACACGGACAAAGUAAUAAGCAAUGCAGGCAAAAAUCCAAACAAAUUAUCUAACUUGUUCAGUAAAAAUAAACAGACAGAAUGUAAAGAAAUCACUAAUAAGAAUGACUCAUUUACAUUAAAUAUAUAUACUGAACCUGUUAAAGCGGCUGAAACAGGCAAAGUGAAACAAAAUACUAAACAAGUUGAUAGUAAAGAUGAUGUUUCAAAUAGUUUUGAUAAAAAUAAUAAGGAUAGUUUUGGAAAUAAAUCGAGGCCACAGUAUCCAUCAAAACACAGUUUUCUUUAUGAGUCAGAAGAUAUUUCAACUCAAAUAAGUGCGUUCAAUUCUAACAACAAAUUUAAUAAAUACAGUGAUGAAAUCAAUUCUACACCUUGGAAUAAAGUAGUUAAUGUUGUGGAGGAAAAGGGUGAAGAGAUUAAGAAGCCACAGAAUGAUGAUAAGAGGGAAGUGAAUGAGUUUAAUAAGAAUAAUAAAUUUAAGGAAAGAAAACCAAAUGCUUUCAAUAAAGGAAAUGAUGGGAACAACUUUAAGCCAAAUAGAUCCUUCAAUCAGUUUGAUAAUAGUAAUAACGAAAAGGGAAAUGAUAACUUUAGGUCAAAUAGAUCUUUCAAUAAGUUUGAUAAUAGUAAUAAUGAAAAGGGAAAUGAUAACUUUAGGUCAAAUAGAUCCUUCAAUAAGUUUGAUAAUAGUAAUAAUGAGAAGGGAAAUGAUAACUUUAGGACAAAUAGAUCCUUCAAUCAGGUUGAUAAUGGUAAUAAUAAGGGAAAUGAUGGUCCAGAAGAAGGUGAAGAAGUACAGAAUAAAAGGGAAUAUAAUAAUCCUCUUGCUAAUAGUUUACUGAAAUUGUCUGGAACAAAUGAGAAGUUGAAGAAGAAGUCUUACAAGUUGUUUACGGAAAAGGCAAAAGAUGUGUACGUCGAUUUGGAAGGCGGAAAAUCUGUUUCAGAGAAAGUUUUUACUUCUAGUAAAUUCAGCGAUUUGAGUUUGAAUAGACACGUUGUUUCCAAUUUGGAAAAGAUCAACUUCAAAGACAUGACCAAUGUGCAGCAGAAGUCUAUUCCAGUCAUUAUGUCUGGAAAAAAUACUUUGGUUCGCUCUCAAACUGGAUCUGGUAAAACAUUAACAUAUGCCGUGCCCAUAAUAGACGCUUUGCAAGGUCUUCAACCAGCGCUCACACGUUCCGAUGGAGUUCAAGCCAUAAUUGUGGUGCCUACCCGUGAAUUAGCAUUACAGACACAUGAACUUGUACAGCAGAUAAACACGUUCCAAAGGAUUAUUGUGGGGCAUCUAUGCGGCGGUGAAAACCGCAAAUCAGAAAAGGACAGGAUUCGAAAGGGCAUCAACGUGCUGGUAGGAACACCCGGCCGUUUAUUGGACCACGUUCUGCAUACUUCAGCUCUGAAGGUGGAUAAGGUAAGGUGUUUGGUAUUGGAUGAAGCGGACCGACUCCUCGACAUGGGCUUCAGAAAGGAUAUCAUCAGUUUGGUGGAAGCUUUGGAUAAAGCCAAAACCGAUUCGGUUUACGAUCCAAUGGCUAUACUGAAAGGACAACAAAACAACGUUGAGGAAACGAUCGAAGAGCCAGAAUCAGAUGAUGUACCACCGCUAUUGACAAGAAACACGAAGAGAAGGCAGACCAUUUUGUUGUCUGCAACUUUAUCGAAAGGUGUCAGCGAGUUGGCAGAGUUCACGAUGAAGGAUCAUACCUACAUCGAUGCUUUGGAUCAAAACUCUAACGCGGUGAUGGACAGCUUUGUGAUACCCAAUACCGUGAAGCAGGAAUUCAUAAUCACGUAUGUGAAGCACAGGCUGUUCACAUUGUCCGCUCUUCUCGUUGCUAAAGCUAAGGAGAACGCAAAGGUUUUCGUUUUCAUGGCGAGUACGCAAAUGGUGGAGUACCAUUACGAAUUGUUCACGCAGUGCCUUGCAAAAAUGCCUGUGAAGAAGAAUAAAAUUGAUUAUAUGGAGCAAGAAGUUGAUAGUGAUGGAGAGAUCGUCGAGCGUUGCGAGGAAGAGGUCGUCUUGGACACCCCGUUCUUCGCGCUUCACGGAUCCAUGGAUCAGAAACGGAGGAAGGAUGUGUUCACCUCGUUCAGGGCUGCUAAAACUGGAAUUCUUCUUUGUACGGAUGUUGUUGCUCGAGGUGUUGAUGUGCCGUUGGCUGACUGCAUUAUUCAAUACACUGGACCUCAAACAGACGAAGAUUACUUGCAUAGAGUUGGAAGAACUGGACGUGCCGGAAAAUCCGGUACGGCGAUUCUAUUUUUAACUCACGACGAACAGGAGUAUGUGAAUCAUUUACGCCAGCAUCGAGUUUAUUUGCAGAAACGGGAACCACAGCCGUACUUAAAUCAUCUGAGCGAAUUGAUGGGUGUCAGCAAUCACGAAAUUGCCGCCUCGAUGCUGCAGCAGCGCUACGAAAAGCGCAUCGAGCAGGACGUGGAUCUGCACAAAAGAGCGUGCAUGGCUUACUCGACCUGGUCGCGCUUCUACAACGCUUACCCCGCCAAGAUGCGAUCGAUGUUCGACUUCAAGAAAAUCCAUCUGGGCCACUACGUCACCAGCUUCGCCAUCAAAGACACGCCGAAGGCCAUCUCUCAGGUCGUCCGUGGCCACGUCGGCAAGAUCGAACAGCCGAGGCUCAACAAGAAACUUGCGAAUCACGGGGAUUACGUAGCACCAAUGUUCCCGAAGAAAGAGACUGCGAAGAAAAAAGCACAGAAGAUACCUAGAACAGUGAGCUUGGAGACGUCAGAGUUUUCCAGCGGCCUGGAACCUCUUAAGAAAAAGAGGAAAAGGGAACUUGAUUGAUUACAUUCGCCGUAACCCAAUUUAGGUGUUUCUCCUCCAUUCUUCUCCCUGCACAUAAUAUAAAAUACAUUAACAAUUUAUAUAAAAAAACUAUAUAU